UUCAUGCUCUUAGCCUGGACGUGGGUUGGAAGCUCACAGCCGGUUUCGGACCAGUGAGACAACCACAACCAAAGAUCGUGAUUGAUCUGUCGCAUUGCGGCAUUUCGCUUCUACAUUGCUAGAGCUCGUCAAUACGUUAUGCCCUACGGUGAAACGAGUGUGGACAUAGAAGCCAGAGUAAAAAGUCAUCGCCCACCUUCUUCUAAGGGCGAUGACGCCUUCGAGACUCGUUCGCUGCGCCGACAGUUGGCGCAGGGGAGAGGAUUGAAGGGCACAUAUUUUCUUUUUGCAGUGACUGUCAUUAUGAUUUGUCUGCAUCCAGCGGAUCUUGCUGUCAAAGUAAUGUUCCUUUAUGGCGAUAUUCUGUAUAAUCAGAUCUGGCAUUGUCAGUCUUACAUACGCCGGAUCAAAUCAUCGUGGCUCAUGCAUAGUUGCCAUCGCGGCGGAUUUGGCUAUGGAACAUUGGUAGCCGAAAGAAACGCGCCCCUAUAGUGAGAUCGACAUGAGCGGCUGAAGCCACGAUAACAGUUCGAGCUGGCUGCACUUGAUUAGGCGAUCUUCAGCUCUAACUUGCCCUGCAUGUUUCUUCUUUUGACAACGAGUAAUUGUGAUUAUGCUUGCAGCGGUUGACUUGGAGGGGUGGCAGAGCGAAGCUGCUGAAUGAAUUGCCGAGGUCUCUCUCGACAUCAGUCUCGGUGAGGACAGU